AUGCAGUGGGUGAAGGUGCUUGGGGGGCUGGUGGGGGCCUCUGCCCUCUUGGGCCUGGGGAUCAUCCUGGGCCACUUCGCCAUUCCCAAAGGGGCCGACGCACCAGCUCCCGGCGUCUCGGUCUCCCAGGACCUGGAUCUGGAGAUCCUUGAGACCGUCAUGAAGCAGCUGGAUGCCAGCAAGAUCCGAGAGAACCUUAGAGAACUCUCCAGGGAGCCUCACCUGGCCUCCAGCCCCCGGGAUGAGGCGCUGGCACAGCUCCUGCUGCAGCGCUGGCGGGACCCGGAGUCAGGCCUGGACGCAGCGGAGGCCCCCACGUACGAAGUGUUGCUGUCCUUCCCCAGCCGGGAGCGGCCCAACCGGGUGGCUGUCGUGGGUCCCACUGGGACCAUCCUCUUCUCCUGCCGCCAGAGUGAACAGAACCUGACUGGGGAGCAGGGGGGCCCCGAUGUGGUGCCACCUUAUGCCGCCUACGCUCCCCCUGGAACCCCGCAGGGUGCCCUUGUGCGAUUGAGGGAGGGAGCGGAACAGGACAUGACAUCCCCUCUUCUUUCCCCUAAACACAGCCUCAUCCCCCUCCCGCAGGCUAUCAAUGCGGCCAAGCACGGGGUAGCUGGGGUGCUGGUGUACACGGACCCCGCAGACAUCAACGAUGGGCACAGCUCCGCCAGCCAGACCUUUCCGAACUCUUGGCGCCUGCCUCCCUCAGGGGUGGAGCGAGGCUCCUACUAUGAGUAUUUUGGGGAUCCUCUGACUCCCUACCUUCCGGCCAAUCCUUCUUCCUUCCGCCUGAACCCUGAUACUGUCCCUGGAUUUCCUCCCAUUCCCACUCAGCCCAUUGGCUUUGAGGAUGCAAAAAUCCUUCUCUGUAACCUCCAGGGAACCUUGGCCCCAGCUGCCUGGCAGGGAGCACUGGGCUGUGACUACAAGUUGGGGCCUGGCUUCCGACCUGAUGGAGACUUCCCAGCAGACAGCCAGGUGAACGUGAGCGUCCACAACCGCCUGGAGCUGCGGAACUCCUCCAACGUCCUGGGGAUCAUCCGCGGGGCGGUGGAGCCCGACCGCUACGUGCUGUACGGAAACCACCGGGACAGCUGGGUACACGGGGCCGUGGACCCCAGCAGUGGCACUGCCGUCCUCCUGGAGCUCUCCCGAGUCCUGGGGACCCUGCUAAAGAAGGGAACCUGGCGGCCCCGCAGAUCAAUAGUGUUUGCGAGCUGGGGGGCAGAGGAGUUUGGCCUCAUUGGCUCCACAGAAUUCACCGAGGAAUUCUUCAGCAAGCUGCAAGAGCGCACCGUGGCCUACAUCAACGUGGACAUCUCCGUGUUUGCCAAUGCCACCUUGAGGGCUCAGGGAACACCCCCGGUCCAGAGCGUCAUCUUCUCCGCGGCCAAACAGAUCCCCGCACCGGGCCUCGACGGCCUCAGCAUCUACGACAACUGGAUCCGGUAUUUCAACCGUAGCAGCACAGCAUACGGCCUGGUUCCCAGCCUGGGCUCUCUGGGUGCUGGCAGCGACUACGCACCCUUCAUUCACUUCCUGGGCAUCUCCUCCAUGGACAUCGCCUACACCUAUGACCGGAGCAAGACCUCGGCCAGGAUCUACCCCACCUACCACACAGCCUUCGACACCUUUGGUUACGUGGACAAAUUUGUGGACCCUGGUUUCAGCAGCCAUCAGGCUGUGGCCCGGACAGCAGGGAGCGUGCUGCUUAGGCUCAGUGACAGCCUCUUUCUCCCUCUUAACGUCAGUGACUACGGAGAGACCCUCCGAAAUUUUCUGCAGGCUGCCCAGCGCGACCUUGGGGUCCUGUUGGAACAGCACAGCAUCAGCCUGGGGCCUCUGGUGACUGCAGUGGAGAAGUUUGAAGGGGCAGCCGCGGCCUUGGGCCAACACGUAUCAGCGCUGCAGAAAGACACCCCUGACCCCCUGCAGGUCCGGAUGCUCAACGACCAGCUGAUGCUGCUGGAACGGACCUUCCUAAACCCGCGAGCCUUCCCAGACGAACGAUACUACAGCCAUGUGCUCUGGGCACCCCGCACAGGCUCCGUAGCCACAUUCCCAGGCCUGGCCAAUGCCUGCUCCAGGGCCAUGAACACGAGCCUAGGAUCUGCAGCCUGGGCGGAAGUGCAGAGGCAGCUCAGCAUCUUGGUGGUGGCUCUGGAGGGAGCGGCAGCCACCCUGCGGCCUGUGGCUGACCUCUGA